AUGGAUCUGGUGAACCACCUCGAGGGCCGCCUGUUGUUCGCCGUACCCAAGAAGGGACGGCUCAACCAAGCCGCCUUGGACCUCCUCGAAGGCGCCGAUAUCCAGUUCCGUCGCGAGAACCGGCUCGACAUAGCCCUGGUCAAGAACUUGCCCAUUGCGCUCAUAUUCCUGCCGGCGGCCGACAUCCCGACCUUUGUGGGCCAGGGGCGCGUCGAUCUGGGCAUCACGGGCUGGGAUCAAGUCAGGGAGCACGAUGCCUCUGCACGCUGCGCCUCCGGCCUCGGCGACGCCGCCCAGGGCUGCGACAUGGUCAUGAGCCUGGAGUUUGGCGCCUGCAAGCUCCAGGUGCAGGUUCCCGAGAAGGGCGACUACGCCACCGGCCGGGAUCUCGUGGGCAAAACCAUCGGCACCAGCUUCGUCAACCUGACCGCCGAGUACUUUGCCAGACUGGAAGCGGGCGUCGGCACGACCAGCAGCACUGCCGCCACGUCGACGCGCGACCUGCAAACGAAAAUCGUCGAGCUGAGCGGCAGCGUCGAGGCGGCUUGCGCGCUGGGCGUGGCUGAUGGAAUCGUCGAUCUUGUCGAAUCCGGAGAGACGAUGCGGGCAGCUGGUCUGAAAGCAAUCGACACCGUGGUCCAGUCUACCGCUGUGCUGGUCCAGUCCAGGUCCUCCACCAAUACCGACAUGGUCGAUCUGAUUGCCUCGAGAAUCCGCGGAGUCAUUACCGCCCAGAGAUAUGUCCUCUGCCAGUACAACAUUGAGAGGACACGGCUCCCGGAAGCCUGCAAGAUCACCCCGGGCAAGCGAGCCCCAACCAUCACGACCCUGGACUCGGAUGGCUGGGUUGCCGUCAGCUCCAUGGUCAGAAAGAAGGAGAUUGCCUUGGUAAUGGACGAGCUGAGCCGAGUUGGCGCGUCCGACAUUCUUGUGCUAGAUAUCCACAAUACGCGAUGA